UGAUCAAAUUUAAAAUAAAGAAAAAUCUGUGCAAUAUGAAUCCAACGAUGGAACUUCCACGUACGGUGAAAAAGUGGAAUUAUCUCACAAUUGCAAUACUCAGUACUUGUGUGUUAUUACUUCUUUUCGUGCUUAUGGGGCUAGUGAUGCCGAUGUUGUUUACAAAAUUCUUGAAAAGUCAAAUCAAUCUCACACCCAAAUCUGAUGUUCGGGAACUCUAUGAAAAAGUGCCAUUUUUCAUCAAUUUCCGUAUUUACUUAUUUAAUUGCACAAAUCCGGAUGAAGUUACAAGAGGUGGAAAACCACGACUUGUGGAAAUUGGGCCAUACUUUUUCGAAGAAUGGAAAGUAAAAUACGACCUGAUUGACGACAUCCAGGAAGACACUCUCACGUAUAAUUAUAAAAAUACGUUUAUAUUCCGACCGGAUUUGAGUGGCCCUGGAUUAUCUGGCGAAGAAGUGAUUACCAUGCCACAUCCCCUGACGACAACGAUGCUCAUGUCGCUGAUGGUGGAUAAACAACCAAUGGUUCCAAUGGCUACGGCGGCAAUCGACCAAAUUUUCCAUGAACCAAAGGACAUGUUCUGGACUGGAAAAAUCAUGGAUGUCCUGUUCAGAGGCAUUCCAGUCGACUGCAGCAACACCGAACAAUUUCAAGCGAAAGCUGUCUGCGGUUUGUUCGAGAGUGGCGAAGUUAAAGCGGUUCAAAAACACAACGAUACUCAUUUUAUGUUUUCACUGUUUCAGUCG